AGGCUGCCCCCGCCCGCGGGAGCGCCCGCGGAGCACAAUGCAGCACUGAGGCAGCGCCGCGGUGGAGGCCGGCUGCAGCGCAGAGCUCAGGGGAGCGCCGAGGGGGCGGCUGGGGCGAGCCGCGAGCAGCGCAGCGGGGGGCCGCAGCGGGCAGCUGGGCCAUGAGGACCUGAGCCUCUCUCCGAUCCGACGAGAGCUGGGCUGACCGACAGACAGCGGGCAUCAUGCGGGGCGCAGCGGCCGCGUCCUGGCCCUUCUGGCUGCUGUGCGCCUUGGGGACCUGCCCCCUGGCGCGCUGCGGCCGAGCAGGCGACUCCUCGGUGACGGAGCUGGAGCGGGGGAACGAAAACCGCUUCCUGGAGCGCCAGAGCAUCGUGCCCCUCCGCCUCAUCUACCGCUCCGGGGGCGAACGCGAAACGGGCCACGACGCGCUCGACACGCGGGUGCGGGGUGACCCCGGCGGCGGCGGCGGCGGGCAGUUGACUCAUGUUGACCAAGCAAGCUUCCAAGUGGAUGCCUUUGGAACAUCAUUCAUUCUGGAUGUCAAGCUAAAUCAUGAUUUACUGUCCUCUGAGUACAUAGAGAGACACAUUGAACCUGGAGGGAAAACUGUGGAGGUGAAAGGAGGAGAGCAUUGCUAUUACCAGGGCAAUAUUAGAGAAAAUUCUGCCUCAUUUGUGGCAUUGUCAACUUGCCAUGGACUUCAUGGUAUGUUCUAUGAUGGAAACCACACCUAUCUCAUUGAGCCAGAGGAAAAUGACACUUCUCAAGAGGAGUUCCAUUUUCAUUCAGUUUAUAAAUCCAGACUGUUUGAAUUUCCCUUGGAUGAUCUUCCAUCUGAAUUCCAACAAAUCAACCUCACUCCACCAAAAUUUAUUUUAAAGCCAAGGCCCAAGAGGAGUAAACGACAGCUUCAUCGACAUCCACGUAACGUAGAGGAAGAAACCAAAUAUAUUGAAUUGAUGAUUGUGAAUGAUCACCUCAUGUUUAAAAAGCAUCGGCUUUCAGUUGUGCAUACCAACACAUAUGCAAAAUCUGUGGUGAACAUGGCAGAUUUAAUUUAUAAAGAUCAACUAAAGACAAGGAUAGUAUUGGUUGCUAUGGAAACCUGGGCUGCUGACAACAAGUUUGCCAUAUCGGAAAAUCCAUUGAUCACACUACGUGAGUUUAUGAAAUACAGGAGGGACUUUAUCAAAGAGAAAAGUGAUGCAGUUCACCUUUUUUCGGGAAGUCAAUUUGAGAGUAGCCGGAGCGGGGCAGCUUAUAUUGGUGGGAUUUGCUCGUUGCUGAAAGGAGGAGGCGUGAAUGAAUUUGGUAAAACAGACUUAAUGGCAGUUACACUUGCCCAGUCAUUAGCCCAUAACAUUGGCAUUAUCUCCGACAAAAGAAAGUUAGCAAGUGGUGAGUGUAAAUGUGACGACACAUGGUCUGGAUGCAUAAUGGGAGACACUGGCUAUUAUCUCCCAAAAAAAUUUACCCAGUGCAAUAUUGAAGAGUAUCAUGACUUUCUAAAUAGUGGAGGUGGUGCUUGCCUUUUCAACAAACCUUCUAAGCUUCUUGAUCCUCCAGAAUGUGGCAAUGGUUUCAUUGAGACUGGAGAGGAGUGUGACUGCGGGACUCCAGCAGAAUGUGUCCUGGAAGGAGCAGAGUGUUGUAAGAAAUGUACCUUGACUCAGGAUUCUCAAUGCAGUGAUGGCCUUUGUUGUAAAAAAUGCAAGUUCCAGCCUAUGGGAACUGUAUGCCGAGAUGCUGUCAAUGAUUGUGAUAUAAGUGAAACAUGCUCAGGAAAUUCAAGCCAGUGUGCCCCAAAUAUUCAUAAAAUGGAUGGAUAUUCAUGUGAUGGUGUUCAGGGAAUCUGCUUUGGAGGAAGAUGUAAAACGAGGGAUAGACAAUGCAAAUACAUCUGGGGGCAAAGGGUGGUAGCUUCAGAUAGAUACUGCUAUGAGAAGCUAAAUAUUGAAGGCACUGAGAAGGGUAACUGUGGGAAAAACAAAGACAUGUGGAUACAGUGCAACAAACGGGAUGUGCUUUGUGGCUACCUUUUAUGUACCAAUAUUGGUAACAUCCCCAGGCUUGGAGAACUUGAUGGUGAAAUCACGUCUACAUUGGUCACGCAACAGGGAAGAACAUUGAACUGCAGUGGUGGGCAUGUUAAGCUUGAAGAAGACAUAGAUCUUGGCUAUGUGGAAGACGGUACACCUUGUGGUCCCCAAAUGAUGUGCUUAGAGCAUAGAUGUCUUCCUGUAGCUGCCUUCAACUUUAGUACUUGCAUAAGCAAUAAAGAAGGUGCUGUUUGUUCAGGACAUGGAGUUUGCAGUAAUGAGCUGAAAUGUGUGUGUCAUAGAAACUGGAUCGGUGCAGACUGCAGUACUUACUUCCCUCUUGAUGAUACAAAGAAUGAUUUAACUCUGUCUGACAAUGGUGUCGCUGGUACCAAUAUCAUAAUAGGCAUAAUUGCUGGCACUAUUUUGGUGCUGGCCCUCAUAUUAGGAAUAACUGCCUGGGGUUAUAAAAACUAUCGCGAACAGAGACAGUUACCCCAGGGAGAUUAUGUAAAAAAGCCUGGAGAUGGUGACUCUUUUUAUAGCGACAUUCCUCCUGGAGUCAGCACAAACUCAGCAUCUAGUUCUAAGAAGAGAUCAAAUGGACUCUCUCAUUCUUGGAGUGAAAGGAUUCCAGACACAAAACAUAUUUCAGACAUCUGUGAAAAUGGGAGACCUAGAAGUAACUCUUGGCAAGGUAACAUGGGAGGCAACAGAAAGAAAGUCAGAGGGAAACGAUUUAGACCUCGGUCUAAUUCAACUGAAAGGGAGCCCCAAGCACCUGAGCCUGGGCACUCCCUCGCCCAGACAAUCCCAUCCCAAGGCAUAAGCCCCAGGGGCUCUGACAGCCCCCAGACAGGGAGUCUGGAUCACAGGUAUUUAAACCCAUGGUUCAAAAGAGACUAUAAUGUAGCUAAGUGGGUAGAAGAUGUGAAUAAAAACACUGAAGGACCAUACUUUAGCUCCCAAGAUGGCCAACGUCAAGAAGACAGGACUUUAUCUCCUGCCAAGUCUCCUUCUUCAUCAACUGGGUCUAUUGCAUCCAGCAGAAAAUACCCUUACCCAAUGCCUCCACUUCCCGAUGAAGAGAAAAAAGUGAACCGACAAAGUGCUAGGCUAUGGGAGACAUCCAUUUAAGAUCAACUGUUUACAUGUGAUACAUCAAAACUGUUUACUUCAACUUUUAUAAAAACC